CAUGCCUGAGAUACUUAUAUUAUAUGUCAUAAAUAACAGAAUGCAUAAGCAAAGCCCUGCAGUUAAAAUAUAAAAUACAUUUUCUGUUUUACCCAUCUUACAAAUCUACUGUGUGCAGGUCUUCUAGGAUGAAGUCAGUAUUGUAUUUGACAGAAGGAACUAUUCAGGAGGAGAAAAAAAUGUUCCGGCAGCUGCUGAUGACAUUUUAUAUUGCGAGUUUAAAGAAUCUUGGGACUCUAGUAGAGGGACAGUUGGACACACAAUCCUGGGUAGAUCAAGUAUGCACAAAGAGAAGGGAAGAGAGCACAAGAUACAGAGAGAAAGGGGAGGAGAAAACUGGGAAGCAGCGAAAGGGGAAAAACAGUGAAGUGUGAGGCAGAGAGAGAGGAAAAAGCAUUUUGAGAGGCUCAGAAAGAGGAGGCUGAAGGAGAGACACGGGCACUUGAUGAGUCAUGUGGCGAGAAUAAAAUAAGGAAAUUCAGCUGUAGCAUCUUGAAAAGGAGCCGGCAGUACUAAACCAAGGGAGGGGGGCAAAAGUCCUGGCUGGCAAUGCAACACUAGGCACAAGCCCUACUUUUUGUGUGUGUGUGUGUGUGUGUGUGAGUUUGUCUGCAAUUAGGUUUGACAAGCCGAAUGAGUGAGGAAGGUGCAGCACACAUGCUCAGUCUCACACAUGCUGAGACCAAAACACUGAACUUGACUGGUUGUACUCAAACUGGAGGACAAAUGCAGCUUCAGGGUGACACCGACACAGAUGAGAAGAGGAUGGACCCGGUGCAGAAGGCUGUGAUCAACCACACCUUCGGAGUUCCACUGGUCAAGACAAAGCGGCCGAUUAUCUCUUGUAACGUCUGCCAGAUUCGCUUCAACUCAGAGAGCCAGGCAGAGGCCCAUUACAAGGGGAACCGCCACGCUAGGAGAGUUAAAGGCAUCGAGACCUCCAAGAGUCGUCCUCAGGAGGGAGACAAGGCACAUACCAUACCCCCCACUUCGUCUCCGUCUCCACCUGGAGCCCCUGGCACAGUCCCAGACUGUGAGCCUGGCAAAGCAGACGAACCACGGCCUCUGUCACAGUUAAAUGAGGCCUUAUUAGCUCCAGGACCCCUUCCGUCACUACCAACACCACCCACCCCACCCAUGGACUCCCCCGUCCCCUCAGUGUGCCCUCUCCUUCCUACCCCGACUCCCUCUCUGGUCCCCCCAACCUCCUCCUCCCCAGGCUGCGGCAGCACCAUCAGUCCAGAGCAGCCCGGAUCUGGACCGCAGGUUUCAGGAGCCGCCGGAGCCUCGGCCUCCAGCAGCCCGUCCCACCCAGAGACCGAGGAGGACAAGGCCAAGAAGCUGCUGUACUGCUCGCUGUGCAAGGUGGCUGUCAACUCCCUGUCACAACUAGAGGCCCACAACAAAGGUACUAAACACAAAACUAUCCUGGAGGCGCGGAGCGGGCUGGGCCCCAUCAAGGCAUACCCUCGUCUGGGUCCAAAGCCUAGUGGAGAGCAGGGAGGGGGGCCAGUGGACCCCAACACUCAGGAACGAACCUUCCACUGUGAGAUCUGCAACGUGCGGGUCAACUCAGAACUGCAACUCAAACAGCACAUAUCAAGUCGAAGACAUCGGGAUGGCAUGGCAGGAAAACCUAACCCCCUCCUCAGCCGACACAAGAAGCACAGGGGAGCUGAUCUGACGUCUUCUCUGACCUUCUCCAAGGAUCUCACCAAAGCUCUGGGUGCGGGGCUCUUGCCCAGCCCGUUGGCCGUUGCGGCAGCGAUGGCGGCCGCAGCRACCUCGAACCCGCUGGCUCUGCGUGCAGCGGCGCCCGCUCCCCACCCGCACCCUCACCACCUCUUGCAAGGUCCGCCUCUCAGCCACGCUAUCCUGAGACCUGCUCCUGGGCCAAUCCGCACUGCCCACGGGCCAAUCCUCUUCUCUCCUUACUGACGCAUCGUCCUGUUUCUCCAGCCAGUCAGGAAGCUUCUACUCCAAAAAAAGCACACUGUGAAGCUACAAAAGUGAUCAGCGAAAAGCAACUGAUAAGUGGGGGGCAAAAAAUAAAUCUAAUAAUUUUAACAUCAAACCAAUAGAAUAGCAAAGGAAAGGAAUGGUGUAACGGAGUAUUGUGUCUUUUUUUUCCCUUUACCUGAGAAUCUCCAUUCACUCGACCUUUUGUUUCAAAAGACUUGAUGGAUCAGUAAAUGGAAUUAGAGAAGAAAAAUUCAUCAUGCAUUGGACUCUCUUGUACAUUUUUCAUCUCUUCCCGGUUCCUUCCUUGCACUUUGGCCAUAUUGUGGUCACCUCAGUAUACAAAAAAAAAAAAAAAAAAAAAAAAAAAAAAACAUGCAGAUCUUUCUAGAAACUUCAAACCUUGCAUAGUGUUACAUAAUUAUUCUGGGGAGUGGGGUGGGGGUGGUAGGUUCCCCUGUUGUCACGGCUCAACGUGUUCUUCUCAUCCUAUGCACCUCAGAACAACAAAACUUAAAAUAAGGAACAAAAACAAGACAAUAAUGUUAUGUCAGUAGGGUAGCUGCUUCCACUGGUCUUUGCUGUAUGCACCUCAUGUAGCCAUGGCCGCCUCCAAAGUACUGUAUACGUCUCGCUCUGCAGUCAGCAGCUCUUCAGUUUGUGGCGCUAUAGGCCCUCGCUAGAUGCAACAUGACUUUUGCUGACAGGCAGGUGGUACUCACAUCCGAACGUGUCUGUUUGAGCUCAGAAAAAAAAGGGUGGGGGGCUUUGAUCCGGGGGGUGGUGAGGAUGGUUGCACUCCCCUCUGUCAUUCCCUGGGGAGGUGAUGGGAGAGGAGGGCUGGCACAGGAUGGAUUGACCACAGGCAGCAUGCAGACGUACUAAGUUCUGAACAAAUCUGCGUUUUAAAAUAGAUGCCAACAAAAACUGCUAYGGGGCACAUCUGCCAGCUUUCAUAACAGUCAGAGAAAGACCUCAGCAAAGGCGAAAGUAGACACCAGAAGUCACACAUUGUUACGUGCUGUGCUGCUGUGUUUUAUACAUGAUUUUAAUGUUCCACUUAGACAGAGUUCAAUGGAGAAAAACAGCUAUGGUAUUUUGAAAUACUGCAUUAGAGAGAGCAAUUUCGRUAUUUCCGCCCGUGGUCUUUGUUCUCAGGCUGAGUUAACACGUAGGUGAGCAGGUGCGACUGAAACGUGACCCUAUGUUCUGAUGUAUUUUGUGUUGUUUCUGCAUGCAUCCUUGCAAUGAGRAUUUUUUUCAGGGACGAGCUUUCACAACACUGAGUUGACCCCCCACCCCUUUCAUUCCUUGUGCAGUCCUCCUACUCUUCACCUCGCUGAUGUCCAAAGGUUUGUUCGURCUCGGUUUUUAGAGAAAGUGUGUUGCGGGAAGAGCUGAAAGGGAGCAAGGUGAAAAGCAAACAUACUCUGAGAAAUGAGCUUGAGUCGGAGUGACAACCGAGCCAGAAACCAAGGGGAGCUGCGGAGAGCGGAGACGCCCAGCUCGAGGCAACCUAUUGAUACUUCCUGUCUUAUAACUGAAAGCCAUGAAAYGCACCAUGAUUUGUUUUCCUUUGCAAAGACUGGUGAGCACUUUGUUCUUAUUUUGGUUUGGACUGUUGAUUUGUGUUCUUUUCGCACAUUUAACAAAAAUAAAGAAAUGAGCAAAACACAUCAAAACUAUUUUUGUAGGUAGGAAAUGUUAAUAACCUCAUUCAUGAAGGGAACCGAAGAAAGGCAGUACACUUCUUAUAAGUAAGCUACAUAGACUGAUAACCAGUGGGGAGCCACAAAGCUAACCAAGUAACGGCUGACUCGUUUUGCUCGACAGUGUGAAACUAACACCCCUUUUUUGAACACGAUGUACACUGUGCCCUUUCAUGGAGAAGCAAUGAGCUCUAAUGUCUUACCUUCGUCUGAAUAUUGCAAUGCAAUGAGCAAUUUUUAUCAAAGUGACUUGUUUUCAUUGUGACAUUGUUGUCUGGAGUCGUGUGUAWACUGGGAGCAUGCCAGCUGACAGAGUUUUCUUUUCUUCCAUGAGGAGUUCAGGUCCUCUGUAGGUAGAUUAGGUACAGAGGAACUGCUUGGCACGGGGACCGACCCUUCAUAUUAAAGGGCCUUCUUAUUGAGGGAUUCUCUGCUUUGGGAACAGGGUACAUCACCAGAAACCAAGGGACUACAACCAGAUGACGUUGAUGCCGUUUUUGUUGUUGUUUUUUUUAUUUAGAUUAUCUGAGUUGCAUUAUUAUUAUUAUUAUUUUGUUUGUUUGUUUGUGAGAAAUGUGUCGAAGUGAAAACCCAGAGGAACAUUAUCAAUGCCAUUACUUAAAGAAAAAGCUGGCUUAGUGUCAGCUUCCACCAUUGUGCUCUUUUUUUUCUGUUUGAUGCUGUUGUGAAAAGUGAUCUUCCGAGUUCAUUUAGUGAGUGAGACACUCUUCCAGAAUUAGUGCUUGCCUUCUUUUUGGCGUGUACCACUCUAGUGUGUCCUGGGAUUUGCCCUUUGACUCCCCCACCCCAAACAACACCCCAAUGAGAGGCAACCUGAAUCCAUUAAAUAAAAGUGUCCCAUCAUGUUUGGGUUUGGUGGUGAAUCAAUCAAUAACCAAGAGUUUAAUCAAAAUAGAUUGGUCAAUAACCCAGCCUCAACAAAGCAUCCGUUUGAUUGGUCAGUUGCGUAGCACCACUGAUAAGUUCAAAAUGUUGAUUCAUCCUCAUUGUUCAAAUUUGGGAAGUAAAUAUCAGAUUUUCAGGACCUCUGUUAGCUACGUUUAGGCUUCUGCAGCCUUAGCCUUAUUCUGCCCUCAUUCUCUCUCAGAGCCGAGAGAGAGAGAUGAUGAGGCUACAGUGUGAUUAUGUCUUGCCAACAAAGUUAUUUUUGAACUUCAUUGUCAGAGGGGUAAAGAGUUUGUAUGGCGAAUUGUAGCAAUACCUGACUCAUUCUGGCUACUCUUGUUUAUUGCAAUAAGAAAAUGAACUAAUAAAUGUGUAUGUGAGUAAAACAUUAAUGUAAUUUAAAUGAAAAAAAUGAUACUUUAUGGUAAAUACUAUUGGUAUCAAGCAAAUCAUGAUGGAAAAAAAGUUAAUGUCAAUAAAUCAUUAAAUGGCA